CAAUUAGUGGGGGCUUUGUUUUGUUUUGUUUUCUUUGUUUUCUGUUUUAUUUUGUUUUUGUACAACUGGCACCCGGGGCUGAGCCGUGUCCCGUUUUCCUGCGGGGCAGGUGUCUGCUCAGCUGUGCUGGAGGUGCACGUGGGAACGGGCUCUGUCUACUCAGUGGAAGGGGAGGGAGCCGUGCUGCCCGCCUGGUACACCAGCAGCUCGCAGAAGAAGCCCUACAUCAGCUGGAUACUGAAAAAGGCAGAUGCUGAACACUUCCAGAUCCUGACAUACCUGGACGGGGAGGUGAAAGUGGAGGAGACGGAGCUGAAGCCCCGUGUGGGGUUCCUGCACCCCGUCCUCACCCACAACAUCUCACUUUUCAUCAAUGCCACACGGGAGCAAGACUCAGGCCAGUACAUCUGCUCCGUCAAUGUGGUGGAUGACAUCAUCAGCCCGAUCAGGAGCAUGGCCAUAAUCAACCUCACGGUGCUGGUGCCGCCAGCCCCCCCAGCCUGCAGGCUGAAGGGCAGCCCCACGGUGGGAGCCAACGUGACGCUGAGCUGCGCCUCCCAGAGGGGCAAACCCUCCCCCCUGUACAAGUGGCAGCGCCAGGAGCCCACCAAGCAGGUCUUCUUUCCCCCCGCUCAGGACCGAGCCCGGGGAACCCUGAAGCUGACGAACCUCUCACUGGACAUGUCGGGCCUCUAUGAGUGCGAGGCGGAGAACCGCGUGGGUUCAGCCAAGUGCAGCAUCAUCCUGGAGGUGCAAUCCACCAGCGAGGGGGCCAUCAUCGCGGGCGCUGUGCUGGGCUCUGUGGGCGCUUUGGCCACCGUCGCCUUCUUCACCCAACGGGUGCUCGGCUACCGGAGGAAGAAACGCGACGGGCAGGAGGAAGCGGCCAACGAGAUCAAGGAAGAUGCCGUGGCCCCCAAAACCCCCACGUGGACGCGGACCCGCCCUGCAGACACCAUCUCCAAGACCAGCACUUUGUCCUCCAUCGUGGGUUCCCGGGACAGACCCUACGGAGCCUCCCCCCCCUCCUACACCGCCUCG